GGUUGGCGGCUGUUCUAGAAGCUUCUUCCACGCCGAGCGAACCUCCAUUUCAUUCGUUUAGAGUGCAACCUGGUCUUCUGCACUAGCAAGCCGGUGAACCCCCUCGGUCGAAGAGUACAAUACUGUGGAGGUGCCUCGGCUUUCAGGGACUGAUGACUGGAUCGGACUAAAACCUGUAUCUGUGCCAAGAUGUCAAAGAGGCCUUCCUAUGCUCCUCCCCCUCCCCCUGCACCUACAACUCAAAUGCCCAAUACUGCAGGGUUUGUGGGGUACAACCCCUACAGCCAUUUGGCCUACAACAACUACAGACUGGGAGGGAGCCAAAGCAGCAACAGUCGGGUAACGAAUUCCUCUGGAAUAAAUAUACCAAAGCCACCCAAGCCACCCGAUAAGCCACUAAUGCCAUAUAUGAGAUACAGUCGUAAGGUUUGGGAUCAAGUGAAAGCCUCCAAUCCUGAUCUGAAGCUAUGGGAAAUUGGGAAGAUAAUCGGUGGCAUGUGGAGGGACCUCACUGAUGAGGAGAAACAGGAUUAUUUGAAUGACUACGAAGCAGAGAAGAUUGAAUAUAAUGAAAGCAUGAAGGCCUAUCACAACUCACCAGCUUACCUGGCCUACGUCAAUGCAAAAAGCCGCGCUGAGGCAGCGCUAGAAGAAGAGAGCCGUCAGCGGCAGUCUAGACUGGACAAGGGCGAGCCAUACAUGAGUAUUCAGCCAGCUGAGGAUCCAGAUGAUUAUGAUGAUGGAUUUUCAGUAAAGCACUCUGCAGCAGCUCGUUUCCAGCGCAACCACCGUCUGAUCAGUGAGAUUCUCAGUGAGAGUGUAGUGCCUGAUGUGCGGUCUGUUGUCACAACUGCCCGUAUGCAGGUCCUUAAACGUCAGGUCCAGUCUUUGAUGGUUCACCAGAGAAAGUUGGAAGCAGAGUUGCUUCAAAUUGAAGACCGCCACCAGGAUAAGAAAAGGAAAUUCAUUGACGCCACAGAUUUGUUCACAAAUGAGCUCAAAAGACUUUGCUGUAUGAAAGUGGAAGUAGACAUGGAGAAGAUUUCUGCAGAGAUCUCUGCAGCAGAAGAGGCAGCCCGCAAACGGAUGGCUGAACGGGAGAAAGAUGCAGGGGAUAGAGGCACUAAAGAGGCCUCCACGUGUGGGUCAGCAGAAGAAGAAAAACAUGGCAAAUCACAACCAAAUCCUCUCAGUGACAGUAUCAACAAGGGAGGUGAGAAUACUGAGUCCAUCACCAAAGAUCCAUCAGGGAAGCAGAAGGCUGCAGAGGAACUUCAGGAACAGCCAGGCAGUGAAGAUGGGGCUUCAGAGGACAAGGAGAGUGUCCUCGAGGGAGCCAUGGAGGAGGGAACCAGUGACAGUAACACAGGUUCAGAAACCACUUCUGCUCAGACAGAAGAUGCUCUGACCAGUGAGCCAUCUGAGGGUUCCAGCAGGGCAAGAUCAGCCCACUGAGUGAAAUAUCAGGCUUCAAUAUCGCAUUUCAUCUGCUGGAUGCUCAUGAAGUUUACCAUGUUCUAGCUCAUUAUUUCCCCCAAAGCAAGCAUAACACGAGAAGGAAGCCUUUGCAACUGAAGUCAGCAUUGCCUUUGUUGUUUUUAAAAGUAGUGUACCACAGGAGCCUGUCUGUGAAGUAACCAUAUUUUGUCCACUGGAAGAACUUGUCUUAAGCCUACUUCGGCAAAUAUCAAUUCAUAAAUCCCAUUCAAUUGAAAUUGAAAUCUGAUAACAUCUUAAACAACCUCAUGUGAAUCUGUUAUAUUUAUGUAACAAGGUGUGGUAGUGUAAUUGCUAUUUUUGCAUGUUUCAAUUACAAAUAACGGGUCGUGAGUAGGAGACAGUGGCAGGAGGCACCGUUUACUACAUGUAUUGGUAUUAUGGUCAGUGCUUGUCUCAGGAUUUUUUUUUGUCCCGAGUAGUACAAUAAUGCUAGUUAACCCACUUGAAUUUGUUAUAUUGCUGUUAUCCUAGUCCAUGCAUAGGUAUUAGGUACAUCACAUUAUCAGUGCUGUACAAUGAUCAGUAACUAGUGUUCACAAGUUUGCUAGCGGUCAAGUCAAGAGCAGAACAUGUUCAAAACCUGUAUACAGUCUAUGAGGUUUGCUUGAAUAAGAAUAUUCACAACAGCAUGGAGAACAGUUCAGAAUACAAGUCUUAAAAUUUCUUGUGCACAUUUCUGCCAAUAAACCUUUUUUAAUCCUAA